CAUGAAACGCCGACAUAGCUCAGUGAGUGACGGUCACGGUAGUGACUCCUCAGUUGCUGGACUUGACUACAGUCAGAGCGCCAGUCCCCAGCCACAGGUUCAUCUGAAGAAGCCCAGAGUGGUGUUGGCCCCUGAAGAGAAAGAAGCUUUGAAGCGAGCUUACCAGCUAAAGCCAUAUCCAUCCCCAAAAACUAUUGAAGAACUUGCUGCUCAGUUGAAUCUGAAAACCAGCACUGUCAUCAAUUGGUUUCAUAACUACAGGUCCCGCAUUCGAAGGGAGCUAUUCAUUGAGGAAGUGCAGGCAGGGCCUCAUGGUCAAACGGGAUCUAGUGGCUCUCCAUCUGUCAGAGGAAGUAGGACAGGUCACAGCUCAGAAGGAGAAAGCUGUGACGGAGGAGACUUGGAAGCAGUGACUGAAGAAAAGGAUAAUGCCAUGGGAAUGGAAAAUUACAGCACAGGGUGUGUAACCCCGAAGGAAGGGCAGAUAGAGUCGGUUUGUGAUGAAGAUAUCGAGUCUGUUGUGCAGCCUGACAUUAAAGAUGCCACAGCGAUUGACACAAAGGACUUGUCCCAUUUAGAAGGAGAUGCCAUGGUCUCUCCUAACGCUGAGAGUGAAGAUGAGGGCAUCCCGAAGCAUCCAGGCCGAAAUAAGAGAUUACAGCGAGAAGCACAUGUGUCAGGAACAUCCCUGGAGGAGUUCCAAAAAAGCCAGCCCUCGGCCCAAUCAGUUGUAGAAGAGGAUAACUCUACCUCAUCCGCCUCCACGUCGGCAACUGUAGCAGAGACCUCCCGAGAUUUGAAAGAAGAUACCUCUUUGGUGCAGCAGGCAAGCAUUGGACAGAACACAGGUUGUGGGGGCACCACGUCCUCUUCCACAAAAGGCUUCCAGAAAGGCCUGUUCAACUUUUCUGACACAUCCUCGCCUGCCCAAAAAACAAGUCUGCGUGAGAACAGUUUAAGGCGUAAGAAAGCAGCAAACUUGAACAACAUUAUUCAUCGUUUGGAGAAAGCUGCAAGUCGCGAAGAGCCCAUUGAAUGGGAAUUUUGAGAUUAAAUUAUUAAUUAUGCACAACUCCUGAGAGUUAGGUAUUAAAAGACCUUGGACAUUCUUUACUCAUUUUAUCCUGUCACGCACUUAAUGCCCUGCAGGCCACAGGGCAAAAAUGCCAUAGGCCAAGGUGCAUAUAGAAAAGGAGAGCAUUAAGUUCCGUUCAUCAUUGCAUUUUCAAAGCGAGAGUUGAAACAUGCAGUUAAGCUUUUGUACCCUGAAGUGUUUUUGUGUCAUGACUGAUUUUCAAACUGUCUGGGAUUAACUGUUACAGCUUUGCCUUCUCCCUCCGCCAAGUGGGCUUCAAGCAGCGACACCCAUCGGCUAAAGAGGGGUCUCCUUUGCCAUAAAAUGGCAGCAGAGCGAUAUUACACUAUUAACUUCUUAACCAGAAAAAGAUUGGAGAGUUUUCAAAUGACUAGAAUUUUGUAGCUGUUCAGUUGCCACUGAGAGAUUGCACAGUCAUCUGACUCUAAACACACUAGUUUGGUUUCUUAGAUAUUUUGAGAAUUCUUGCUGUUUUAAACUUUGAAAGAGGAAAAAAAACACAUUUAGUCCACUUAUUUUUUAAAAAAAGGUCACGUUAAAAAAAAAUUUGUCAAAAAAGAUGUGGUAGGUGAGUUAGUGUUUUCUUGUAUGUGAAUUUAGAAUAAUGAUAUGUAGUGCACAUUGUUUCAUAGCUUUAACUGACUCUGGUUUCUCUGCAGGCCAGGGUUUGUUUAAUACACUCCAUUUUAGGCCAAAUCAGGACAAGAUCUGAACCUAGGUAUUUUGUAACCUGCUUUUUAACCUCUAAACCACAAAGCACGCUGAUCAGACCUCAUAUUGUCUUUAUAUGUGUGUGAGAGAGUGUGAGAGAGCGAAAGUUGUAUAUGCGUGAAUUCUUAGGUCUGACUGAUUUCAUAUGUACCAAUGCACAUUUAAAGUGCGUUACUGCCACCCUUUUCUCAAUAAGCUGUGUCAUCAGUAAGGCAUGUAUGAGUUAGCUUGUCACAAGUUACAUAUUUUUUUCUUGCCAUAUCUUUAAUUAAAACUAACAGUAGAUGAUUUCAGUAUACAAGAAUAUUUUUGUGCUUAUUUAUAGGUGCUUUUUUUUUUCUAUCCAUUGUUAGGAAGGGAUGAAAGGGAGCAAGUCUUGUUCUAGAGGGUCAGACUGCCGGCAGUAUUUGGGAUAUUUUACAAGUUUCACUGGAUAAAUAUUGGCUCCUUGACAUCUUUCAAGCUCCAAAAUAUUGAUUAGACGUUGUUUGUCAGUGUAAAUUGCAUCAUGAUUUUUGUGUUUGUCUUCUAGGUCAGAAUCCAUUGAAGUAACUGUGUAGCACAAUCAUAACCUGUCAUUUUAAUUAUAAUAUAUGAAUUCUGUUUUCUAUAAUAAUUAUGGUUGAGGAGUUAUAUACCUGAUAUUGCACCGCAGUGAGUUGUGUGUAGUUUUGUAGCAGAUUAUGACUGUUUAUAGGGAAAACUGCAUUACCUGCAUGAUAUGUUAAAUAAUCAUUAUACUUCACACAUAAACUGUACAUGUAGAUUGAGCACUUAGCUGUUAAGUACAGGUGGUGCUGAUUCAACUCCAGCUAGUCAUAGGGAAGGGCUCUAGGAGGCUGCCAGGCAGUAAGUUAGAAUGAAUCCUUCAAAUACAUGAUCACAAGAGAGCAUUCCUCAAUAUCAAGCUGUAUAUGAUGAAUAGGGCAAGUUUCAAUUACUUUUGAUCUCCCAGGCUCAUUCACCAGCCACGUCCAAAAAGAUGAAUAGGACACAGAAACUACUCUUUUGCUCUGUUGGGCAGUGCUGAGUAAUGGUCAGGGAUAAUCUUGAUAUUUCCCUUUCUCCUGUUGAGGAGUACACUCCGUAAUAAGAUUUGCCCAAAGAUCAGAAUCUCAUUGAAUCAGAAAACUGACCAUGUGUUUCCGUCCCAUUCUGACCUCUGUCUUGCCCACUACACACAACUGCCCUAGUUAACCAGAGAACAAAAGGUAACACUGCAGUUCAUUAGCACAGUAGUUUUCUGCCGUAGGACUACUUUUAUCAUAAAAAGUCUUUGCACUUGAGACUGUGGUAAACAAAAUGGUAAUCAAACAGAAUAUUUCAGAACAAUUGACACUUACCACACUCAGUUUUCUGUUUCCUACCCUCUCUAACACAAGCAUUAAACUACUGCUCCUUGUAAUUCUGCACCGUAAUUUGCAUAUCACUUAAACAUAAUUUUGCACAAUAUAAUAUAGUUGGAAGUCAGCCCUUGGUUGCAGAUGAGGAAGGCUGUUGCCAGACAUUGUGCCCGAGUUUGCACCCUUAUGAAGAAAGGGAGGAGGAUCAGGGACCAGGCCCAUGUUCUUGACAAUGUUCUCAUUUUGCUAACUUGGCAAAAAAAAAAAUUCAUAAGUAAAUUUUAGUAAAUAUUUUUGAGGAAUGGUAAUCUACCCACCUUUUUCAUCCUCUCCUAAAGCACUCAUGUCCCUUCUUAACAUUGUCUACUUUGUAAUGUGUGUAUAAGACUGGACAACUCAGGAAAUUAAAACUUAAUUGGAACAUAAUAUAAUCAAUGUAAAUGUAACUUGAAGCUUCAGAUUUUGAUACUGUUUCUUAGAAUGUAAUAACUUUAUCCCAGGAACGUUUACAGAAGUGUAUGUUUCUGCAGGGCCCACGCAAGGGAUUUAAAAAUAGCUGUACAAUUGUCCCAUAGCCACUGUAACACAGCGAUUGUUACAAAAACUUGGAAAAUAUCAAAAGCUGACAACUUGCUGAGAUAAAUAGAGCAAUGUGUGUGCACGUUAUUCUUUACAACAUUGUCUAUAUAGCCUACAUAGAC